AUGACGGCAAUAGUCUAUUUUUAUUUCUUUCUCACAGUCGUUCAUGGAGCGGCCACUAGUGGAGCGUUCACUGCAUUGACCUUCAAUGUUGCUGGUCUUCCUGAAAUCCUCCAGGACAAUGAUGUCAAUGGCACAAAGACAGAAAAUGCCGAGGAAAUUGGCACUUACUUUGCCGAAUACGGCUAUGAUAUCAUCAAUGUGCAGGAGGACUUUAACUAUCAUGCGUAUAUCUACGACACAGAUGACCAUUCAUACAGAACAGCAACUUCUGGGGGCGCAGGGAUUGGCAGUGGGCUAAAUACUUUAUCCAACUAUGGCUGGGUUGAUUUCACUCGAGUGAAGUGGGAUACCUGCUCAGAUGCAUCCGAGUACGACUGUCUUACUCCCAAGGGAUUUACGUUUAUGCGCUGGAACCCUUCUAGCGGAGUUUAUAUUGAUUUUUACAAUCUCCAUGCUGACGCUGGCUCUGAAGAUGAUGAUGAGACAGCGAGAAAUGCCAACCUGCAGCAAGUAGCAGAUUACAUCGAUACAUGGUCAACUGGUAAUGCUGUGGUUGUUAUGGGUGAUACAAAUAGUAGGUAUACUCGUUCCGACGACACUGGCAUCCGGCUAUUCAAGUCGCAGAACAGUAUGAGCGAUGCUUGGGUCGAGCUGGAAAAGGAUGGGGUCUAUCCCACUGCUGGUGCUACUGCGGUUGUCUGUGAUAACCCGUCUACUAUCGAGACCUGCGAAGUUGUCGACAAAGUUCUCUACCGAGGAUCUGAUAUUGUCACACUCACUGCAUCCAGCUUCACUUACGAUGGUGACGAGUUCCUGAACACCGACUCCGAAUACCUAGGUGAUGUCCUUUCCGAUCAUAACCCGGUCCUUAUCAGCUUCACUUGGUCACUUUCAGAAUCUUUCCGACAAAGUGAGUAUUCUGGUGGACCUCAUGGAACAUGGUUCAACGACCUUGCCAAUAUACCAUCAUCCCCCGUGGCCUCCACCCUUACUUUCCGAGGUGGUGACCGUCUUGAUGCCGUUGCGCUUGAAUUAGAGGAUGGCACUAGCUUCAGCCACGGUGGUACAGGUGGCACAGAGGUUUCCCUUACGCUUGGUUCCGAUGAAUACUGGACGGAGACCGAACUGUGUACGGGCAAAUAUGACAGUAAAACUCGCGUCUUUUACAUCAAGGCCACAACCAGUACGGGAAAUACCCUGGAAGCUGGAACUUCAACUAGCGACUGCAGUACAUAUACCGCUGACAGUGGCUAUGCCGUGGUGGGAUUCAUGGGACAGGAUGGUGAUGAGAUUGACCAAGUGGCCUUGAUCUAUGCCCCUUACUGA